AUGAAUUAUGGUCGAUCUUAUCACACAGCAUCUGUGUUAUCAAAUGGACAAGUCUUAGUUGCUGGUGGAUCUGGAAGUGGUGGUGUCCAUUUAAAUAGUGCUGAGUUGUAUGAUCCGUCAACAGGAGUAUGGACAAUCACUGUAAAUAUGAGUUAUGCUCGAUAUUAUCACACAGAAUCCGUGCUUUCAAAUGGACAAGUCUUAGUUGCUGGUGGACGUUAUGGAGUUGUUGUUAUAAAUAGUGCUGAGUUGUAUGAUCCAUCAACAAGAAUGUGGACAAAUACUGGAAAUAUGAGUUAUACUCGAUGUUGUCACACAGCAUCCAUGUUAUCAAAUGGACAAGUCUUAGUUGUUGGCGGAUUAAGAAGUGGUUUAAGUUUAAAUAAUGCUGAGUUGUAUGAUCCAUCAACGGGAAUGUGGACAAGUACUGGAAACAUGAGUUAUGCUCGAUAUUAUCACACAGCAUCCGUGUUAUCCAAUGGACAAGUCUUAGUUGCUGGCGGAUAUAGAAAUGGUUUAAAUUUAAAUAGUGCUGAGUUGUAUGAUCCAUCAACGGGAGUGUGGGCAAUUACUAGAAAUAUGAGUUAUACUCGAUAUUAUCAUACAGCGUCCGUGUUAUCAAAUGGGCAAGUCUUAGUUGUCGGUGGGGCUGGAAGUGGUGGUGGUUAUUUAAAUAGUGCUGAGUUGUAUGAUCAAUCAACAGGAGUGUGGACAAUCAGUGGAAAUAUGAGUUAUGCUCGAUAUUAUCACACGGCAUCCAUGCUUUCAAAUGGACAAGUCUUAGUUGCUGGUGGACGUUAUGGAAGUGUACCUAUGAAUAGUGCUGAGUUGUAUGAUCCAUCAACAAGAGUAUGGACAAUCACUUUUAGCAUGAAUUAUAAUCGAUCUUAUCACACAGCAUCCGUACUAACAAACAGAAAAGUCUUAGUUACUGGUGGACUCAUAAGUAACAGUUCAGAGUUGUACCAAUUAUAACAAACAAACGAAUCACAAAUACAUUUUCUUGUCUUCGAUGAAUAAUCUUGUUUACGAGAAUUAUUUAACAAUAUUAUUAUCGUUUUAGUUCACUAAUGAUUAACUUUUUCUUUUUUAAUCUUUACAAACUUAUUGUAUCUUUAAUAAAU